AUGUCAGAUUAUAGCGUGAUCUUUAAAGGAACCGGCGUGUUUAUCGUACUUUGUAUCUCAUUGUGCAUAAUGAUACCAGUGCUGUUGGUUCGUAAAGUUAACUCGAAUGAAAGGAAGGAUUUCUUUUCGCUGGUUUUCCUACUCGUACCCCUGGGCACAUUUUGCAUAUGGCUAUUGUGGGUUUGCAUGUAUAUGUCUCAAAUGAAUCCGCUGAUAAGUCCAAUGAGGGUAAUGUAUAGAAAAGCCGAACAUACAGUUGAGAAGGUGGCAGAAGAAGCUCAAAAAAGUAUUGAACUCAUAUCAGUAUUAUUCAAAGCUAUGUGUAAAAUGAUAAAUUUAAGUAAAGUUGUGUUGAUAUUGAGAGGAGCCGAAUCCCAUUUCAACUCAGCUAGUGUAUAUAUUGAUAAAAUAAUAUUUCUUCAAAUGUCAGAGAAAGUGGAUCAGCAGCCUAAGGAAGCAAAACCAAUUGCAGAAGGCGAAAUCAGAGUAACCACACUCGGAAGGGUUUCAAAUUAUGUUACUUACGCCAAAAAACUACUCUCCAACGGAAUCCCCGUUAUUACAAUAAGGGGUACCGGAAGAGCAAUGAGUAACGUAGUGGAAACCGCCGAAAUACUCAGACACAUGAUCAACGGUCUUCACCAAGUCACUACCGUUGACACCCAAGACAGACUAGCUGAUCCCAAGAGUAAGAAUGCAAAGGAUACAAAGUUUAGCGUUUGCUUCCUCACAAUUUCACUAUCACUGGACCCCAGCAAGAUCGACACAAAGUCUAUCGGCUACCAAGCUCCUUUGACCAAAGAAAGCCUAGAUGGAGUUGACGUGGACCAAUUAUUACACUCUAAAAGAGGGCCACGCAAUAAUUCACGUACCAUAAUUAUUUAUUUUACUACAUGGUCUACGACCUAA